AUGGAAUCAUCGUAUCAGCAUGAUGUUUACCGGCGUGAAGUCGAACCUCAGAGAGUCCCAGCGGUCGUGUACGAUUCCGAUUCCAUACCAUCCUGGAAGGAAGAGUACCUAUACUGCGCGCUUUGUCUUGCCGCUGCUACCGGGCUCAUCAUAUUGCUUUGGAGGUACGACGGAGAGGUGGAACCAAAGUUGGGAGCCGGCCUGGAGCUGAGCACAGUCGUCAUCGCAAUCAUGACAGUUUUCCGUGUCGCGCUCAGUGCUAUUGUCGAAACUGCGCUCAGCCAGGGUGCCUGGAUAUGGGUGUCCGCAGCUCGACAACGCCGCAAGAAGACCGAGCCCGCUCGCCUGGAGGACUUCAAGAUGUUUGACGAGGCUUCGCGAGGACUCCUAGGCAGCCUGAGUCUUGUAUGGCGUCUUCGCGGAACCCAUCUUGCUUGUGUGGGAGCUGGUAUAAUUGUAUUGAUUCAUGGAUUCGAAACAUUCUCGCAAGAAAUGGUCACAUACGCUGAGCAGCCAACUCCGAUGAUCAAUCUGACCAACUCACUUGCUCCGCCGCCGGCAAGAAGUGAGACCUGGAACAACAUCGUUGCCAAGGGGUUCGGAGGAGACCAAGACCUAGGCCUAUCAACCAAAGCUGCCUUCUACGACGGCAUCAUGGCAAGUGCCAUUUCCGACUUGCCUGUGUUUUGUGGUACGGCGAAUUGCACAUGGCCAGUCUUCCCAACAUUGGCCGUCUGCGGUAACUGCUCAGAGACCCACUACCAGCAAUCCUGUUCGACGUCAAACUCUUGCACGUACUCCACAGCUUCAGGGACUUCUGUCGUAUCCCCCAGCGGUGGCUCAACUGGAUAUCGUUUCACUGUUGCGCCGACGAACACCUCUGCCGAUGGGCCUGACACUGCGACACAAUCGUACUUUUCUUCGUUCGACAUCAUGUCAGUUUCCAAAAGUCACACCUCGGCGUCAGUCGAAGCUUAUCAAUGUGCGCUCUGGUUCUGCCUACACACUUAUCAAGUCACGGUGAUCAACGGGCAACAAACCACCGUGUUGCUUGGCAAUUGGUCUAAGGCUGAGUUCUCAGCCGCAAGCAGCUCUCACAAUGAUGAGUAUUACUUCACUGAUAUUCCGUCCAAGAUGAAUGUCAGUCCUGGCACUCGGUACAGUGUCUCGAUGGAAUCUAUCGAGGUGCUAGGAAGUUUUAUGGCGUCCAAGAUGCUAGGGAACUCGUCAAAUGUCGAUAACCAAGCAGAUUACUCCUCGGACUGGGUGCAAGCCAUGCAGAAUGCCUCUUCUGAUCUAUCAGCCUGGAUGUCCCGUUUGACACUAAGCAUGACCAACGAUAUAAGGCUUUCCGGUUCUACGGACCACAACAACAGACAGAGCCAGUAUCAGUACACUGGCAUAGCUUACGUCCAAGCACCUUACAUCCAGGUGGAAUGGCGAUGGGUGGUAUACCCAAUCUCACUCAUGGUCCUCGCCUUCUUAUAUCUGGCGCAAACUGUGUGGAGAACCGCUCGUGAUCAAGUCGCUGCAUGGAAGGGAGACUCCUUGCCGAUGCUGUUCGCCCACAUUGACAAGGGCAUCCACGAAGUCGUUCGCGAUGGGAUGGAUAGACCAGGAGGUUUGAAUGAUCAAAUUGGACGAACACAGGUGGAACUGGUCCGAAGGCAGAACGGGCAAUGGUUGUUCAAGUUGCCACAACGACAAGUGAAGCGCCGGCAGCUUGUCAUAACAGAUUCUAGUGACGAGGAGUUUUAG